UCGAUAGAUGACAACAAACACCGCCUACGCCGGCAACUUACCGUGAAAAUUGGAAAAAAAUACAAUCUCUUGGGAUAAAGCUAUAAAAACAUAUACACAACAUGAUCGAGACACUAUAUAAUCUGCCCUUCCACAUCCUGGUGCCGCCAAACAUAAAAGUUCGAAAAUUCAGCAUUCCUAUGCCAUCGCCCAUGGCUGUUUUCAGUGUGAUAUUGUUUUCCUAUUUUCUGGUUACUGGUGGAAUCAUCUACGACGUGAUUGUGGAGCCACCCAGUGUGGGAGCCACUGUGGACGAACAUGGACACUCGCGUCCGGUGGCCUUUAUGCCAUACCGCGUGAAUGGACAAUACAUCAUGGAGGGUCUGGCCAGCAGCUUCCUGUUCACCGUUGGAGGACUAGGCUUUAUUAUAAUGGACCAAACCCACUCCCCGGGAAAGACGAAUCUCAAUCGCCUACUCCUGACCGCCAUGGGAUUCAUUUUCAUUCUGGUCUCGUUCUUCACCACCUGGCUCUUCAUGCGCAUGAAGCUGCCCAGCUACCUGCAGCCCUAGAAUCUCUACUAAAAACGGACAGAUCAACGCUCUCUUAGUAUUCUCUUGUCUCUGAACAGGCGAAAAUCGUUAAAUCGAACUGCUUUCAUAAGAAUUUCAAAGUUUCAAAGCCUUUAAGCUACGGAAAAAAACGAUCAAAAGCAUUCCUGAAUCUGAUUGUGGUAUUAAAUAUGUUUAUUUUUAUACGAAUAAGUUAUUUUAAACAUAUUAUAAUAACUUUCGUACUUGUAUAGAAUAUCAUCCAAUUAAGCAUCAGUUUUGGUUAUCCCUAUAAUAUCUUUGUUCUUCAAAUAAUCAGAAAUAUACUACUAUCAUAUUUACCAACUCAAAUAAUUUAAAAGAAUGUUUAUAUUUAAAGUCAUGACAGAAAAUGUGAUAGCUUAAGCUGUAAAGUUUCAGUAAGUGAAGUUUGACUGUAUAUUUGGUAGAUCCCAAAACAUGUCGCCAAUCUAAAGCAUAUAAAAUCGGAGGAAAACAAACUUUUCGGCGUCCAAUGGCUCUCAGUUCACAUCGCGCUGUUGACUAGUUUGGCUCGCUGGUUUGCCCGCAGCGUGCAAAAACGACUUCCAUCGCCUAUAUAAUUUUAGAAUCUAUUUUUGUUUAUAAAUAUAAAGUACUUAUGUAUA